AUGAGUUGCAAUGGUUGCCGUGUGCUCAGGAAAGGUUGCAGCGAGAAUUGCAUCCUCAGGCCAUGUAUUCAAUGGAUAGAAACCGCCGACGCUCAGGGACACGCCACCGUCUUCGUAGCUAAAUUCUUCGGCCGCGCCGGUCUCUUGUCGUUUAUCUCCGCCGUACCGGAAUCUCAACGUCCCGCUCUUUUUAAGUCUUUGUUGUAUGAAGCUUGUGGAAGAACUGUGAAUCCAGUCAACGGAGUGAUCGGAAUGUUGUGGACGGGGAAGUGGAAUAUCUGCCAAGCUGCGGUUGAGACGGUGCUUCGCGGCGGUUCUUUGAGACCUAUACCUGAGCUUCUCGCUCACGGUGGUGGAUUCGCAGGGUUUCCAUCUGAGGAAGGGUCUGAGAUCUGCACGGAAAUGCUGAAUCUUCAGCAUAGUGAUCGUAACAUCUAUCAUCAUUCUAGAUUCUCAAGCUCAAGAUCCAGAUCCACGCUGGAUUCUUCUGCUAAGAAGCGUAAGCGAGAUGAUUCUUCGGAGCUAGAUCUUUCACUGAACCCUAAUUUACUCAGUAAAACGAUGCCUUCUUCCACACGGCAGCGGUCAGGAACACCGUCGAUGAACUCUGAGGAGUCAGUGACGACCACUACCACGACGACGUCGUUUUGGGAUCGGUACGGAAACGGAGGAGGAGACACGAGCAAGCUGCUUAACCUUUUUGUUUAAGGAAACUUUCUCUGAUUCAGUUAGGGCUCGGACAUGUAAUUUUACACAUUUUCUUCCCCUUUUUUUCGUGGAUACAAAAAUAUUUGGACUAAAGUUAACUAUGCGGUUUUGUUCUUUCGGUCUAGAGUUAUUAAUUAACCAGCUCUAUUUUUUCACACUGCAUGACACGAUAAGAACAUAUUUAAUCAUUUGUUUGGAGUUGUUGUGUAUAGAAUAAACUCGAGCUAAUUACUAGUUCACACCAA